CAACAGUGUAUGUCGUGCAUAUCGUGCGCAGUUGACCGCAAGUCCCUCCGCUUUCCAAGUUCCAUCCAUUAGACAUCCUUGACAAUUUUCGACCUGGAAGUGAUCAACCAUGGGUGACGACGUGCCCUCGAUGAGGAGGUUCAAGACGGAGCUCUCAGAGUAUUCCGUUGCUCACGACGACGCGCCCGGCCCCUACGCACGAGACGCAGAGUAUGAUGCAAUCAUCGUCGGGGCUGGCUUCGCCGGCAUCUUCAUGCUCAGGACGCUCCGCGACAGGGGGUACCGGGCCGUCAUCUUCGAGGCGGGCAACGACCUGGGCGGCACAUGGCGGUGGAACUGCUACCCGGGCGCCAUGGUGGACUCGGAGGUGCCCGAGUACCAGUUCUCGUGGCCCGACGUCUGGGAGACGUGGACAUGGCCGAGCAACUACCCUACCUACAAGGACCUGCGCGCGUACUUUGACCACGUCGAUCGCGUCGUGGGCGUCAAGAAGGACUGCGCGUUCAACACGGUCGUCGUGGGUGGCAGCUUUGAUACCGCCGAGGGCAAGUGGACGGUGCGGACUGCGGAUGGGCGGCAGGCGAGGACCAAGUUUUUGAUCCUCGGGACCGGCUUUGCCUCGCGUCGAUAUGUCCCCGAAUGGCCCGGCAUGGACACGUUCAAGGGCGAGAUGCACCACUCGUCCUUUUGGCCCGACCGAGAGAUCCCCGUCGAGGGCAAGCGCUGCGCCGUCAUCGGCACCGGUGCCUCGGGCGUGCAAAUCGCACAAGCAUGGGGCUCACAGGCGGGCACGCUGACGGUGCUGCAGCGCACGCCCAACCUGGCGCUCCCGAUGCGCCUCCGGCCGCUCUCCGCCGAGGAGCAAGAGGCGGACAAGAAGCAGUGGUACCGCGAGAUCUUCACGCUCCGCGAGCGCACGUUUGCGGGCUUCAUGUACGACUGGACGGAGCGCAACACCUUCGACGACGCGCCCGCGGUGCGCGAGGCCCUGCGCGAGGAGGCGUGGCGGCGAGGCGGGUUCCGCCCCUGGCUGAGCGUGCACAAGGACCUCCUCUUCGACCCGGCGGGCAACCGCGACUUUUACGACUUUUGGGUCAAGAAGACGCGGGGCCGCAUUCGUGACCCCCGGAAGAGGGACCUGCUGGUGCCGGAGGAGCCGCCGCAUUUCUUUGGCAUUAAGCGCCCCUGUCUCGAGUAUUGCUACUAUGAGCACUUUAACCGCGACAACGUCGACGUCGUGGACAUUCGCAACAACGCCAUCAAGGAGUUUACCGAGACGGGGAUCCGGCUCGAGGACGGGACGCAUCACGAGUUUGACGUGAUUGCGCUGGCGACGGGGUUUGACAUUGUGACGGGAGUCAUGACGCAGCUCGGCCUCGAGAGCAUCCACGGCACCGCCCUGCGCGACGAGUGGCGCCAGAGCCCCGGCGGCGCGCUCACGUACCUCGGCCUCACCGUCCCCGGCUACCCCAACAUGUUCCACCUCUACGGCGUACACGGCCCCACGCUGCUCUCCAACGGGCCCUCGAGCGUCGAGGCCCAGGGCCGCUGGAUCGCCGACUGCCUCGACAAGGUCCGGCGAGAGGGCUGGCGCUACGUCGACCCCAAGCCCGAGGCGGCGCGCGCGUGGAAGGACCGAAUCGUGCGCUACGCCGACACGACCCUCGUUCCGACCCUGAACUCGUCGACGUUUAUGGGCGGCAGCGCGCCGGACAAGGUCAAGGAGCCCAUGUGCUUCAUGGAGGGGCUUCCGGCGUACCGUGGCAUCAUUCGCGGGGCGCUCGACGCGAUGGAGGGCUUUGAGGUGGUCAAAUGAAAGAGAGCAUCUGAAAGGGUGGGUAUCACACGCUGUAUUCAGUCUAUAUAAGUAGUAGAUACAAAAGGGGGAGAGAGACAAAGGGAAUUGUUGUCGCGCGCUCAAGCAGAACAGGGUAUUCCCACCAGUUUAAGAGUUUCGUGAUAAUACAAUCCGCACCACGCCC